AUGGACCGGGCACAGGUAGGAGGGCGCGGGGCAAGCACCGGCGAGCUCAGACCGGUCGGACGCGUGGCGACGAGCUUGGGCGCGAGCGCCGGCGAGCUCGGUAGCGGACGGCGGGUUAGACCAGGCGCAGAAGGGCGGGCGGUGAGCUCGGGCACGGGGCGGGCGGUGAGCUCGGGCACAGGCAUGCGGACGUGGGGCGGCGAGCUUGGAGCUGACCGGGCAUGGGGCGGGCGCCGGCGAGCUCCGCCAGGCGGGCCGCGGACGGGGCAGGGGCACGCGCGGCCGCAGCAGGUCACGCCGCACGCGCGAGCAGAUGCGGGCGGCGCGAGCGAGCAGGCGGCAUCCAUCCACGACUCGGGAGGUCGGGAACGAAAUCCUCGCUCUCUCACGCGACACAGAGGCGGCGGCGCUGGGUCGCCCGAGCCCCGAUAUACUCUCGACGUUAGUCCUCCGGUGACCGGAGCGACGCUCCUCCCGACACUCUUCCUCCGGCGACCGGAGCGGUGCUGGUCCUCUCCUCUCUCGCCUCUCCCCUCUCCGGCGAGAGAGCAAUCUUCCGUCCUCACCGACGACCUAUCCGUCACCAUCUUCAGAUCCAAAGUCUCAGAAGGUGAGAAGAUAGAUGAAGCUACAGCAGCAGGAGCUGAUAUUGUUGGCUUACAUGACUUGAUUGAACAAAUAAAAGGAGGAUUCAUGGAGUGUGACAAAUUGAUUGCAUCAGCUUAUAUGAUUCCUAAGGUAUGUCACUGGAACGAGUUUUGCUUGGGUCAUCUUUGGAGUAUUUCUUUGUUUGGCAACUAGCUCGGCGACGCCCUCGGGGAGCACAACACGGCGGCCGGUGACGCGCCCGGCGAGCAUGGCGGCUGGUGAAGCUCUCGCCGAGCAGUAGCACCAUACCCGGCGCGACAGUAGCACUAUAGGCGGUGAUGCGCUCGAUGUGCGCAUUGUUCUAGGAUAUUGUUUGAAUUAUUUGUGUAAUAUUAUGUCUUGUAAUUUACAAAAGAA